CCAAGCAGCGGCAAAAGAGAAGCCUCCGCGAGGCCCCAACGCUCUCUCUGGUCGCAAUGCUCUGCCGUCUCCUCUCCCUGCUGCUCCUGGCCGCCCUCCUCGCCGCCGCGGCUGGGCACGGGGAUUCCUCCGCGUCCUCAUGCCCCUUCCACGGCGGCCACGACGAGGAGCCCCACGAGCACCAUGACCACGGGCACAGCUGCGGGGGCGCCCUCGACGAUUCCAAUCACGAGCACCACCACCACCACAGCCACCAUCACCGCGACGAGAUCCAGCGGCUGCUUCCCGAGGAACUGGCCGAGGAGGCGGAUCUCGAGCUCGAGGGCUUCGACCACGACCACUAUCACCACCAUGAUCACCACCACGACCACAUCCACCGCGAUUUCCAGCCAGAGUCAACACCCAUGGGCGUGCUACGCCACGACACCACUGAUAAUUUCGGGGAUUUGGCAGGCGUGUGGCUGAGAGCGAUGGGGUGCUCGCUGCUGGUUAGCAUGGCGUCGCUCGUCUGCCUCAUCCUCCUCCCAGUAAUCUUGUUUCAGGGGAAACCGUCGAAGGCCGUUGUGGAUGCACUUGCAGUGUUUGGGGUAGGUGCAGAACUUGCAGUUGUUAGAACUUUCUUAAAGACUAAUAUUAAGCUAGCUAAUAGAUGGGCGAUGGCUUGGUCAAAGUGGACUGUGAUGACCACAUUGGGAAGAUUAGAUGUGUUGGCUGUUGCACAGUUCCCUUUAAGGAAACCAGGGGUGACGCGUCUAAGGGAACUGGCUGCUCAGGCAGGCGCAAUGCUUGGAGAUUCAUUCCUUCAUCAACUGCCUCAUGCUUUUGGUGGAGGGCACUCUCAUUCACACAAUCAUGAGGAUCAUGAUCAUGCUCAUGAGCAGUCACAUGCACACUCCCUGAAAGAUCUUUCUGUUGGCUUGUCUAUUUUAUUUGGUAUUGUAUUGUUCUUUAUUGUCGAGAAGAUUGUGAGGUACGUUGAGGACAAUUCUCAAAGGGGGGGUCAUAGCCAUGGGCACCAUCAUCACCAUCAUAAGCGACAAGACAUUAGUGAUAAGGCCAAGUCGGGUCACAUAAAAAGUGACGAUGAGGGUAAAGACACAGAUCAAGUGCAACAAAAUUCUUUGCAUGAUGGCGCAACCAGAAAAAUGAUAGAUGCUGAAAAUGAGCAAGAGUCAAAUGCUACUAAGGUAUACCUAAUUCUAGUUGAUAUAAAUUCUGAAGGUACAUUAACAAAGCAUAAUAAAAAUGACAUCAGAAAUAUCUACAACUAUCUCCUCUUGGUGAAGGACGAGGAGAUUAAGCAUAGAUGGCGGGAGUACUUCGACAAGCUGUUCAAUGGGGAGAAUGAGAGUUCUACCAUUGAACUCGACGACUCCUUUGAUGAGACCAACAUGCGUUUUGUGCGGCGAAUCCAGGAGUCUGAGGUCAAGGUGGCUUUAAAAAGGAUGAAAGGAGGCAAGGCGAUGGGCCUUGAUUGUAUCCCCAUUGAGGUGUGGAAAGGUCUCGGGGACAUAGCGAUAGUAUGGCUAACCAAGCUUUUCAACCUCAUUUUUCGGGCAAAUAAGAUGCCAGGAGAAUGGAGACGGAGUAUAUUAGUACCAAUCUUCAAGAACAAGGGGGAUGUUCAGAGUUGUAGUAAUUACCGUGGAAUUAAGCUGAUGAGCCAUACAAUGAAGCUAUGGGAGAGAGUCAUUGAGCACCGCUUAAGAAGAAUGACAAGCGUGACCAAAAAUCAGUUUGGUUUCAUGCCUGGGAGGUCGACCAUGGAAGCCAUUUUCUUGGAAGCCGUUUUAGGAUCACAGAGAUCAGGUUUGGACGUGGUGCCUGGUGCCACCGACAGAGAGCCUAUCAAUUCUGAAACUAAUCCUGCCCCUGGCAAAACAUUAUCGAGUGAAGAUCCCUCUGUUUCAAACUCCAACCUCGUGUUUGGCUACCUCAAUCUUUUCUCAGAUGGUGUUCAUAACUUCACUGAUGGGAUGGCUCUUGGAAGUGCUUUUCUGCUACAUGGUUCUGUUGGAGGAUGGUCUAGAACUUUAUUUCUGCUCGCUCAUGAACUUCCUCAAGAGAUUGGGGAUUUUGGGAUUCUGGUUCGCUCAGGAUUCACCGUAACUAAAGCCCUGUUUUUCAACUUUCUCUCUGCGCUGGUUGCUCUGGGUGGGACAGCACUGGCACUGUCGUUGGGAACGGAUCCAGGACAUUCCUCUUUGAUUGAGGGAUUUACUGCUGGUGGUUUUAUUUACAUUGCUGUUGCCGGAGUUCUCCCACAGAUGCACGAUCAGAAAACUACGCUAAGCAACUCGAUGUGUCAGUUGAUUUUCCUGACAAUGGGAAUGCUGGUCGCUCUUGGCAUAUCUUUGGUAGAAUGAUUUGGGCAUCCACUUCUCUGUAGCUUUAGCGCUGAGAUGCACUUACAUUAUAGUCUGGUGAAAUUUUCAACUACAGCCGAGAAUAUGAUUUCUGUCGAUAUUGUGGCUCAAAAAAAUAGCAGAACUUUGUUGCCGACUAAAUUAACUUCACUUGCAUCACUAGUAUCAUCGAUAAUUUAAUAUAGGCCUUGUAAACUUUAUGCAACCUUGAAUCUUGUGAUCAUAAUUAGUGCAUCUCAAACAA